AUGCUAGAUCGAAUCCCAUCAUCUCCCCACAUUGAGCAAAAAGCCUCAAACGGAACACACGGAAAUCUCCCAAUAUUUUCUACCUGGAAUGGCCAAGGUGGAAACGGCUGUGCAUCUGUGCGUCCUUAUGAACAACUGCAUCAAGAACAAUCGAGAGCGAUCGUGAAUGCCGGGGCAAAUCAUGGUCGAUUGUGGUAUAUCAAGAUCGUCGAUGUGUGGACAGAGGGAGCUAGAAGCUCUUUGCAGUGGACCGAAAGAAAGGAUACGGGGGGGAGUUGA